GCUGUGAUCGUGAAGGCGCCCUGUUGUCGCGCCUGCGGAUCCGCAUGCUGACUAAUCGCUAUCGAUAACCGCCGGGUAACCGCGUUGAUGUCAUCGUCUCGCGGCUUCUAUGUAUGUCAGCAACAACACCUUGAACUUCACUCAUGAGCUUCUUCACUGCUGCAAUCAGACGCGCACCAUUCCGAUCAUUUCGUUUACCAGUCACAGGUUUAUCCAUAUCACGCGCCAUGCAUAUCCAAUCAAUUCCCAUGUGGGAGGGCUCGGGUAACAACUAUGCCUAUCUUGUUUCAGACGACAAGACACGUGAAGCCGUGAUCAUCGACCCAGCCCAUGCAGAGGAGGUUCUUCCAGUUCUCGAGAAGGAAACAAAAGGUGGUCUCAAGUUGACAAAGAUCAUCAACACCCACCACCAUCAUGACCACGCAGGGGGAAACAAGGAGAUCCUCAAGCACCACAAACUCCCAAUCAUUGGCGGUCGCGACUGCACCCUUGUCAACAAGACUCCCACCCAUAAUGAGACGUUCCAUAUCGGCUCCAUCGAGGUCACCGCUCUUCACACACCAUGUCACACACAGGACAGCAUUUGCUUCUACUUCAAGGAUGGGGAGGACAAGGCCGUCUUCACCGGUGACACCAUGUUCAUCGGCGGGUGCGGUCGCUUCUUCGAAGGCACAGCGGAGGAGAUGCACAAGGCCCUGAACCAGACUUUAGCCGCACUGCCCGACGACACAAAGGUGUUCCCUGGCCAUGAGUACACCAAGGGCAAUGUUAAGUUCGCGAAGACCGUGGCAAAGGACAACGAAGCAGUCAAGAAGCUCGAUGCCUACUCUCAGGCGAACAAAGAGACCCAAGGCAAAUUCACUAUCGGCGAUGAGAAGAAACACAACGUCUUCAUGCUUUACGCAGACCCCGAAAUCCAGAAGGCUGUUGGGCAAACCGAGCCUGUUGAAGUUGUCCGCACUUUGCGCGCACUGAAGGACAAGUCGUAGGACGACUAUUCAUGUAAAGGAACCGACCUGACGGAGUACCGUCGAUCUCAAGUAAAGAAUUAUCACUUUUU